AUGUUCGUCAUCAAGAGAGAUGGCCACAAGGAGCCUGUGCGCUUCGACAAAAUCACAGCUAGAAUCCAGAGGUUAUGCUACGGGCUUGAUUCUGAUCAUGUUGAUGCUGUUGCUGUUACCCAAAGAGUUAUUUCUGGAGUUUAUCAUGGUGUCACCACCAUUGAGUUGGACAACUUGGCUGCAGAGACUGCUGCGUACAUGACAACCAUUCAUCCAGAUUACGCGAUCUUGGCAGCAAGAAUCGCCGUUUCCAACUUGCACAAACAGACUACGAAACAGUUUUCGCAAGUUGCAAAGAUUUUAUACGAGUACAUCAACCCAAAGACUGACUUGCACUCACCAAUGAUUUCAGAAGAAACAUACAAGAUCAUCUGUGAAAACGCUGACGAGUUGAACUCUGCCAUCGUCUAUGACAGAGAUUUCAACUACAACUACUUCGGUUUCAAGACUUUGGAAAGAUCAUACUUGCUCAGAGUCAACGGGAAGGUUGCUGAAAGACCACAGCAUUUGAUCAUGAGAGUUGCGGUUGGUAUUCACGGGAAUGACAUUGAACGUGUGAUCGAAACUUACAAUUUGAUGUCCCAGAGAUACUUUACUCACGGUUCUCCAACCUUGUUCAAUGCAGGUACCCCAAGCCCCCAAAUGUCGUCUUGUUUCCUUGUUGCCAUGAAGGAUGACUCCAUCGACGGUAUUUACGACACAUUAAAGACAUGCGCUUUAAUUUCCAAGAGUGCUGGUGGUAUUGGUUUGCACAUUCACAACAUCAGAAGUACUGGUGCUUACAUUGCAGGUACUAACGGUACUUCUAACGGUAUCAUUCCAAUGGUGCGUGUUUUCAACAACACAGCACGUUAUGUCGACCAAGGUGGCAACAAGAGGCCAGGCGCUUUUGCGAUUUACUUGGAGCCUUGGCAUGCUGACAUUUUCGACUUCAUCGACAUUAGAAAGAACCACGGUAAGGAAGAGAUUAGAGCCAGAGACUUAUUCCCUGCCCUUUGGAUCCCUGACUUGUUCAUGAAGAGAGUUGAACAAAAUGGUGACUGGACUUUGUUUUCUCCAAAUGAAGCUCCUGGUUUGGCUGAUGUCUACGGCGAUGAGUUUGAAGCUUUGUACGAAAAGUAUGAGAGAGAAGGCCGUGGAAGAUCCACCGUCAAGGCUCAAAAGCUUUGGUACUCUAUCUUGGAAGCGCAAACUGAGACUGGAACUCCAUUCAUGUUGUACAAGGAUGCUUGUAACAAGAAAACUAACCAAAAGAACUUGGGUAUUAUCAAAUCAUCUAACUUGUGUUGUGAGAUUGUCGAGUACUCUUCUCCAGAAGAAGUUGCUGUCUGUAACUUGGCCUCCAUUGCUUUGCCUUCAUUCGUUGAGAAAGAUGCAUCUAGUUCCUGGUACAACUUUGAUAAGUUGCACGAGGUGACCAAGGUUGUUACUAGAAACUUGAACAGAAUUAUUGACAGAAAUUUCUACCCUGUUGAGGAAGCCAGAAGAUCCAAUAUGAGAAACAGACCUAUUGCUCUUGGAGUUCAAGGUCUUGCUGAUGCAUUCAUGUCCUUGAGAUUGCCAUUCGACUCCCAGGAAGCUAAAGAGUUGAACAUUCAGAUAUUCGAGACCAUUUAUCAUGCUGCUGUGGAAGCAUCUAUCGAGCUUGCUCAGGAGGAAGGUCCAUAUGAGACAUAUGAAGGUUCUCCUGCGUCAAAGGGAUUGUUGCAGUACGACUUGUGGGACAGAAAGCCAUCCGAGUUGUGGGACUGGGAUACUUUGAAGCAAAAUUUGGCCAAACACGGUCUCAGAAAUUCUUUGCUUGUUGCUCCGAUGCCAACAGCCUCUACUUCUCAAAUCUUGGGUAACAACGAAUGCUUUGAACCUUACACAUCCAACAUUUACUCCAGAAGAGUGCUUGCCGGCGAGUUCCAGAUUGUUAACCCACACAUGUUGAAGGACUUAGUUGACUUAGGUAUUUGGAAUGACAAUAUGAAGAACAACAUCAUUGCCAACAACGGAUCCAUUCAGUCUUUACCAAAUGUCCCAGAUGAAAUCAAGCGUUUGUAUAAAACCGUGUGGGAAAUCUCUCAGAAGCAUAUAAUUGACAUGGCUGCCGACAGAGCUGCGUUUAUUGAUCAGUCACAGUCGUUGAACAUCCACAUCAGAGAACCUACUAUGGGUAAGUUGACUUCCAUGCACUUUUACGGAUGGAAGAAGGGAUUGAAGACGGGUAUGUACUACUUGAGAACGCAAGCUGCUGCUGCUGCGAUCCAGUUUACUGUUGACCAAAACUCUGCUUCUGCUGCAGGCAAGACGAUUGCUUCUUUGGAAAAGUUGAACCAAAGGAAGUAUGUCAUUAAAAGUGGCACAAGAAGUAGCUCUGCUUCGCCCAAUAUCAGCGCUACCUCGGAGUUGAGCGGAGUCUCGACACUCCCAUCGUCAUUGGAGAACUCUGUUGCGGAGUUGAAGAUUGAAGACAAGGAAGAUUCUGCGAAAAGCAGUGCCGACGAACCUUCGGAAGCUGAUAUCUUCAGUUCCAAGGUGAUUGCUUGUGCUAUCGACAACCCAGAAGCAUGUGCUAUGUGCUCUGGUUGA